UGACUACCGCGCAUGCGCAGUCUCAGUGUGUACGGAAGCGCUGCCGCAGCAUGAACGGAGGUGAACACUGAGAUGUCCAAACACGUUUUUCUCACAGGACCUCCAGGUGUGGGGAAAACCACGCUGGUCCAGAAAGCCUGUGAAGCUCUGGCGUCCUCCGGAGUGGGAGUUGAAGGUUUUUACACGGAGGAGGUCAGAGAGGGGGGCCGCAGAGUCGGCUUUGAUGUGGUCACAGUGAGAGGAGAGAGGGGCCGGCUGUCCAGAAUCAGAGACGUUUCCGCUCCAUCUCAUGGCAGACGGGAAUACACGGUCGGACAGUACGUGGUCGACUUGUCUUCAUUUGAAAACAUGGCUCUCCCCCUCUUCAGAAAUGUGGGUUCAGCAGCAGAUGGGGGCAGCAGGAAGGUGUUUGUCAUCGAUGAGAUCGGCAAAAUGGAGCUCUUCAGUCAGUCGUUCAUCAGAGCGGUGAGGCAGACUUUAGACAGCUCCUCCUGCACCAUCCUGGGAACCAUCCCCGUCCCGAAGGGGAAACCUCUGGGCCUGGUGGAGGAGGUGCGGGGCAGGAGGGACGUGAAGGUCUUCACUGUGAGUGUGUCAAAGGAAAACAGGAACUCUCUCCUACAAGACGUCAUCGCCGCGCUGGAGCUCUGUCUCAAACAAACAAGCUAACUGAGGAUUCAGAGCCACUUAGAGGACAGACUCUGCAGCCUGUGAGGGUUUUUUUUUUUUUAUGCUGACGAGAAGUUUUAUUUGUGUCAGUGAGUAUUCGGGUGCAGCGUUGAGUGGAGUCACACACGCUUCAAAGCCGGGUUGUGACCUAACCUGAGGGGCACGCAGAGCUGCGGGGGGGUGGGGUGGGGUGGGGGUGGGGGGGUUUGUGUGUCACAUGCAUGUAUUAAUGUACGAUAUUCAUUUCUUUCUUUCUCAUACAGCCUCAAAAUGGAUUACAUGCUGAAUAAUUGAUUGUGAGAUGGAAGGCAGCGAGGGAAUAGUUCAGUUAGUGUGUAAAUAACCUGCGCUUGCACGCUCCAACACGGUGGCUCGCAUGCAAAGCAGAUCAGAUUUAUUUUUAUUUCCUGUUUUCACAGCAGAUAUUUCUCUUUUAUCCGGUUAUACUGUUCGUUCUGCACAGGAACACGUCGUGCUCUCUCUCUCUCGGCCUUCCAGUUUUCUGCGCUCUUGUGUUCGUCCACUCGACCUGGUGAUGAGCUCGUGGAGAUCGAUCAAUAUUUAACCGUGCAGCGAUGUCCAAUCCAUUCAUGGUUAAUUCAUAUCUAGUGUGAACAAGAAAAUGGAAAAAAUAAACAGUUAUUGUCCCUGAGCGGUGA